CGGCCACCAUAGCCGAGGCGCCGCCGCUCCUACAAACGCUCGCGAGCCGUUCCCCGCGCUCGUAGCCUCCUCUUCCUCCCGCACGCCCGAAACGCUCGCCCGGCUCGGGUCUCGCCCCCGCCUCCGCGCUUCUCUCCCCUCGCUCGUCUCCCACAUUGUCUCUGCCUCGUUUUCUCUCCUACUUGAGGGGGAAAAAAAAAUACACCAUCAUCCUCCGGGAGCCCCCUCGCCCUCAGAAAAACAAAACCAGACAUGAGCCUUGGCUCCCGUUCCUGAAGGACUGGCCGAGCGCGGAGCCUGGUGGAGCCCGCACGAAAGGUCACGGGAGAGAAGCCCACGCAGCCCCCGGCUCUGUCCCCGCGGCCGGCCAGCCCUCGGCCCGAGCCCGGCGGCCCCAGCCCCGCGGGCCUCCCGCCCCGUCCCCCCACUUUCCCAGGAGCCGUUCGAACACACCUCCGUUGAUGGUGUAGCGCGUUCGGGGGAGUUGCAGAGAAGAAGCUGGCACUGAAUCCUGCCCGGCUGAACCUCCCACACAGGCUCUGUCAGCCAGCCAGCAGCAUUUUUGAAACGUUGGGGUUGUUGGAGUGGUCGGAUUUUCCCUGGAAUUGAGUGAGAAAUUCAGAAGACUGAAGCCCAGGCUUACUGUCUACCUUUCACGGAGGCCCAGCCGUGAGAGGACAGAAGAAGGCACGUGGCGAAUCAUGACAGCUGAUAAAGACAAAGACAAAGACAAAGAGAAGGACCGGGACCGAGAUCGGGACCGAGAGAGAGAGAAGAGAGACAAGGCGCGAGAGAGUGAGAAUUCAAGGCCACGCAGGAGCUGUACCUUGGAAGGAGGAGCCAAAAAUUAUGCUGAGAGUGACCACAGUGAAGAUGAGGACAAUGACAAUGGUGCCACCACGGAGGAGUCCACGAAGAAGACCAAGAAGAAGCCCCCGAAAAAAAAGUCUCGUUACGAAAGGACGGACACCGGGGAGAUAACGUCUUACAUCACGGAGGAUGAUGUCGUCUACAGACCAGGAGACUGUGUGUAUAUCGAGAGUCGGAGGCCAAACACACCGUAUUUCAUCUGUAGCAUCCAAGACUUCAAACUGGUCCACAACUCCCAGGCCUGUUGCAGAUCUCCACCUCCUGCUUUGUGCGACCCCCCAGCAUGCUCUCUGCCGGUGGCAGCACAGCCGCCACAGCAUCUUUCUGAAGCCGGGAGAGGGCCUGUAGGGAGUAAGAGGGACCACCUACUCAUGAACGUCAAAUGGUACUACCGUCAAUCUGAAGUUCCAGAUUCUGUGUAUCAGCAUUUGGUUCAGGAUCGACAUAAUGAAAAUGACUCUGGAAGAGAACUUGUCAUAACAGACCCAGUUAUCAAGAACCGAGAGCUCUUCAUUUCUGACUACGUUGACACUUACCACGCUGCUGCCCUUAGAGGGAAGUGCAACAUCUCCCAUUUUUCUGACAUAUUUGCUGCUAGAGAGUUUAAAGCCCGAGUGGAUUCAUUUUUCUACAUAUUAGGCUACAACCCUGAGACGAGGAGGCUGAACAGUACCCAGGGAGAAAUUCGUGUUGGUCCUAGCCAUCAGGCCAAACUUCCCGAUUUGCAACCAUUCCCUUCUCCCGAUGGUGACACUGUGACCCAACAUGAGGAACUGGUCUGGAUGCCUGGAGUUAAUGACUGUGACCUCCUUAUGUACUUGAGGGCAGCAAGGAGCAUGGCGGCCUUUGCAGGGAUGUGUGACGGAGGCUCCACGGAAGAUGGCUGCAUUGCGGCCUCGCGGGAUGACACCACCCUCAACGCACUGAACACACUCCAUGAAAGCGGUUAUGAUGCUGGCAAAGCCCUGCAGCGCCUGGUAAAGAAGCCUGUGCCCAAGCUGAUCGAGAAGAGCUGGACUGAGGACGAAGUGAAACGCUUCGUUAAGGGGCUCAGGCAGUACGGCAAGAACUUCUUCCGAAUUCGAAAGGAGCUGCUUCCCAAUAAGGAAACAGGAGAGCUGAUCACCUUCUAUUACUACUGGAAGAAAACCCCGGAAGCAGCCAGCUCCCGGGCGCACCGCAGGCACCGCAGGCAGGCCGUGUUCAGGAGGAUUAAGACCCGCACUGCAUCCACGCCCGUCAACACGCCCUCCAGACCCCCGUCCAGUGAAUUCUUGGACCUGAGUUCAGCCAGUGAGGAUGACUUCGACAGUGAGGACAGCGAGCAGGAGCUGAAGGGCUACGCCUGCCGCCACUGCUUCAGCACCACCUCCAAAGACUGGCACCACGGGGGCCGGGAGAACAUCCUGCUCUGUACAGACUGCCGCAUUCACUUCAAGAAAUACGGCGAGCUCCCCCCCAUUGAGAAGCCCGUGGACCCCCCACCAUUUAUGUUCAAACCUGUGAAAGAGGAAGACGAUGGGCCCAGUGGGAAACAUAGCAUGAGGACACGACGGAGUCGUGGCUCGAUGUCUACACUGCGCAGUGGUCGGAAGAAGCAGCCAGCCAGCCCUGAUGGUCGCGCCUCGCCCAUCAAUGAAGACAUCCGCUCCAGCGGCCGGAACUCCCCCAGCGCUGCCAGCACCUCCAGCAAUGACAGUAAAGCAGAGACGGUGAAGAAGUCGGCCAAGAAGGUGAAGGAGGAAGCCUCGUCCCCUCUCAAGAGCACCAAGCGCCAGCGGGAGAAGGUGGCCUCUGAUACGGAUGAGGCCGACAGGACCAGCUCCAAGAAGACGAAGACCCAGGAGAUCAGCCGGCCCAACUCGCCGUCCGAAGGCGAGGGAGAGAGCUCAGAUAGCCGCAGCGUCAACGAUGAGGGCAGCAGUGACCCCAAAGACAUCGACCAGGACAAUCGUAGCACGUCCCCCAGCAUCCCCAGCCCCCAGGACAACGAAAGCGACUCCGACUCCUCGGCCCAGCAGCAGAUGCUGCAGGCCCAGCCCCCGGCCUUACAGGCUCCCAGUGGGGCCGCUCCAGCUCCCUCGUCGGCCGUGCCGGGGACCGCCCAGCCGCCCACGCCAGGGCCCACGCCCGCCACCACCGCCCCGUCACAGGGCUCCCCGCCGACCUCCCAGCCCCCCACCCAGCCACAGGCGCCCUCAGCUCCCGCUCCCCACGCCCAUGUCCAGCAGGCACCUGCCCUGCACCCACAGCGGCUGCCCUCACCGCACCCCCCACUGCAGCCGCUGACCGGGCCGGCCGGCGCCACCCCGGGCCCGCCCCACCCCCAGCCCCCCCUGCACGGUCAGGGCCCGCCCGGCCCUCACGGCCUCCAGGCCGGGCCGCUGCUGCAGCACCCAGGCCCCCCGCAGCCCUUCGGCCUCCCUCCGCAGGCCUCCCAGGCGGUGGCCCACCCUCACGCCUCCCUGCAGCCGCCCGCCUCUCAGUCGGCGUUGCAGCCCCCGCAGCCCCCUCGGGAGCAGCCCCUGCCACCUGCGCCCUUGGCCAUGCCCCACAUCAAGCCCCCGCCCACCACACCCAUCCCCCAGCUGCCGGCGCCCCAGGCCCACAAGCACCCGCCUCACCUCUCGGGGCCCUCGCCCUUCUCCAUGAACGCCAACCUCCCGCCCCCUCCGGCCCUGAAGCCCCUGAGCUCCCUGUCCACGCACCACCCGCCCUCGGCCCACCCCCCUCCCCUACAGCUCAUGCCCCAGAGCCAGCCUCUGCCCUCCUCCCCCGCCCAGCCCCCUGUGCUGACCCAGAGCCAGAGCCUGGCCCCUGCCUCCCACCCCCCCGCGGGCCUCCACCAGGUGCCCCCCCAGCCCCCGUUCGCCCAGCACCCCUUUGCCCCCGCGGCCCCUCCUCCCAUCACCCCUCCGACUUGCCCCUCCACCUCCACCCCCCCAGCGGGUCCUGGCCCCUCGGCCCAGCCGCCCUGCUCUGCCCCUGUCGCUGCGGGAGGCAGCGUAGCUGGGGGGGCAGCCUGCCCGCUCCCCACCGUCCAGGUCAAGGAAGAGGCCCUGGACGAAGCUGAGGAGCCCGAGAGCCCCCCUCCCCCGCCUCGGAGCCCGUCCCCUGAGCCCACUGUGGUGGACACCCCCAGCCACGCCAGCCAGUCUGCCAGGUUCUACAAACACCUGGACCGGGGUUACAACUCAUGUGCGCGGACAGACCUGUAUUUCAUGCCUCUGGCGGGGUCCAAGCUGGCCAAGAAGAGGGAGGAGGCCAUCGAGAAGGCCAAACGGGAGGCUGAGCAGAAGGCGCGAGAGGAGCGGGAGCGGGAGAAGGAGAAAGAGAAGGAGCGCGAGCGGGAGCGCGAGCGGGAGCGCGAGGCGGAGCGGGCGGCCCAGAAGGCUUCCAGCUCUGCACAUGAAGGCCGCCUCGGCGACCCCCAGCUCGGUGGUCCCGGCCACAUGCGGCCCUCCUUCGAGCCCCCGCCCACCACCAUCGCGGCCGUUCCUCCGUAUAUCGGGCCCGACACACCGGCCCUCCGGACUCUGAGCGAGUACGCCCGGCCCCACGUCAUGUCGCCCACCAACCGUAACCACCCGUUCUACGUGCCCCUCAACCCCACCGACCCGCUGCUGGCCUACCACAUGCCCGGCCUCUACAACGUCGACCCCACCAUCCGCGAGCGGGAGCUCCGGGAGCGCGAGAUCCGGGAGCGUGAGAUCCGGGAGCGCGAGCUGCGGGAGCGGAUGAAGCCGGGUUUCGAGGUGAAGCCCCCAGAGCUGGACCCCCUGCACCCGGCCGCCAACCCCAUGGAGCACUUCGCCCGGCACGGCGCCCUCACCAUCCCCCCCGCCGCCGGCCCCCACCCUUUCGCGUCUUUCCACCCUGGCCUGAACCCCUUGGAGAGGGAGAGACUGGCCCUGGCAGGCCCCCAGCUGCGGCCCGAAAUGAGCUACCCGGACAGACUGGCGGCCGAGCGCAUUCACGCCGAGCGCAUGGCCUCACUGACCAGCGACCCCCUGGCGCGGCUGCAGAUGUUCAACGUGACCCCGCACCACCACCAGCACUCCCACAUCCACUCGCACCUCCACCUCCACCAGCAGGACCCUCUCCACCAAGGUUCAGCAGGCCCAGUUCACCCGCUGGUUGACCCCCUGACUGCUGGCCCGCACCUGGCUCGCUUUCCCUAUCCCCCUGGCACCCUCCCCAGCCCUCUGCUUGGACAGCCCCCCCAUGAGCACGAGAUGCUUCGCCAUCCAGUUUUUGGCACCCCCUACCCCCGAGACCUGCCUGGGGCCAUCCCACCCCCCAUGUCGGCGGCCCACCAGCUGCAGGCCAUGCACGCCCAGUCGGCGGAGCUGCAGAGACUGGCCAUGGAGCAGCAGUGGCUGCACGGACACCCGCACAUGCAUGGUGGCCACCUCCCGAGUCAGGAAGAUUAUUACAGUCGACUGAAGAAGGAAGGUGACAAGCAGUUAUAAGUUAUUUAUUUGUUAACGCUGGCUGUGGAAACCCCAAUUCUUGGGGGAGAAACAGGACUUUUUACAUACAAUAGGAGCUGCAAAAGCAAAAAGAAUAUCUUCUAAAGAUUUCUUUAUAUAUUUAAAAACCCCACAACUAAAAACGUCUCAGCAUACUAGUGUUCGUUUGUAGAGAGGAUUCCUUGAGACUGGCUUGGGUCUCCCUGCAUGACAGUCCCCCAGAAACCUAGUGAGGCCUGGACUGGGCUGAACAUUCAGAAAACUCCCCUGCAAUCUUGGGGUUUGGCUUUAGUUUUCUUUUCCUUCCUUGAUUUCUUCAGUAGGUGCUAGAACCAGUUCACACCCUUCACUGUGCGUGCAGACACACUCAGUUGCGUGUGUUCCAAAACCCACAAGGUUUGCAGAUAGGCAGCGUAUGAGUUUGGAAUCCAAGAGCUGUAAUUUUUAAAAAAUCUUUUAUUUUAAUACAUUGUAGGAAAUCUUCAUAAUUUGAGGAAGUUCUGCGCAUGGCUUUUUACGUCUGUAAAUAAAUAAUUUUAGAACAGCCUUUUUUUUCUUCCAUAAACUACUAUUCUGAUCUAUUUUUUCCAGCCAUGUCACUAAUUGUGAAUUCCUACCAGCUGUUGACAGAAUACAGAGUUGAUUUUUUAAUAAAAAGUUAUAUAUAAUUAUCCCUUUAAUUAAAGGGAACAGAUGGGCGUUACUAGUUACAAACGGGCAAAAGCUUGGGACUAGGUUUGGGCGCAGCAGGGAGCAGCCAGGGGUUUGCAGGGACAGUGUUACAAACCGUUUCUUUGUUGUGCUGCUUUGGUUUUCACUUCUGUCUGUUCCCAGCCUGUGCUUUGCCAGCGGUGCAGACAUCUGUUAGCUUGAACCUCUCAUCUUGCACCAGGAGCGCAGGAGUUAAAUGUCCCCCAUGCUGUCUCUGAGGGAUCGAAAGCACAUGUUUCUGUGUGUCAGAUUGUAGAUUUCCUUAUAGAUUUCUCUGCACACGCAUUUGAUUGUUCUGAAUGAACUGCCUUUUUUAAUAUUAACUUGGACAAUUUCAUAAACAAACAUUCUAGAAAAUCCAAGAAAACGAUUCCCUGCGAGUCACUCAGCACAUAUGCUUGCCAAAGGGAUCUGUUAGAAAUCUGCUUUGUCGUGCGUGUCGUCGUCUGGAUCUUCUUGUGGUGAGGCCAGGCCAUCCUUGUCACGGCCCGAGGCUGCUUUGGAGUGAGGGAGAUCCCGGAGUUGGUCCGGCUGCGAGUGGCGGCCUGUGUGUUACCCCAGGAACAGGGACCCACGUCGGACAGAGAGACACUUGGCGUCCCGCUCUUCCUCCCGGAAGCAGGACGGGGGUCACAGCCGUGGACGUGGAGUGAGAGGCAGCUCCACCUGGGGGCAGGUGGCCCAUAGAGCCCGCCUCGGCUUUCUGAGUUGCCCACGUGCUGCACUUUCUCCAGAGCAGAGGGUGGGGAAGUUGGAAGGACAUUCUGCACCUGUUGAUCACGCUUUCUGCCAGGACGUGACCUUUUCUGUUCCUCUUCUCUCAGCCUCUCGGGGGCUCUUUCUGCCGUGGUGCGCGGAGUUCCCGCCUGGGGGUCAGUGGACGUGGAGCGCGUCCAGGACCGGAGCCACAGAGGGGGCGGGUCGAGAGGCUGGCGCUUUGACCCAGAAACCAGCAGGCGAUAGCUCAGAUUCAGGUUCCGGAUUCACACUUGCCUCAAGGGCAUUUCCAGUGUCCACUAAAGCCACGUUCGGUUUCCGUUGGGACAGAUAGAGGAUGGUUUUGUCUGUUGAAAAUGUUCGUAGGUUUUUUCUUUCGUUUUCUCUCAUUCCAUUUCUGCCUUAACUUUAGCUCCUUGAGGGGAGGCAAGCUCAGAUGAACACUGUCAUCGCUUGACUGGCCGCGUUGGCCAGGGGCGUUUGUGUCCCCGGGGCUAGUGACGUGCCACCAGGGCGGCUCCGCUCUGCGGCCUCUACGCCUCUGAGCCGGGCCCCUUCCUGCUGGACUCGGGCGCUCCUGCUGCCCCGGCUCCCGCACGGAAGCCCCCGCCUGCUUUUCUCCCUUUGGGUGGAACGCAACGCCUCCCGCCCAGUUAUCCUCCUUUCUCUCCUCUCUCUCCUCUCUCUCUCUCUCUCUCCCUCUCUCUCUCUCUCUCUCUCUCUCGUCCAUUUCCAAAGAAGACAGAGAGUUGAAGUACUUGGAAGUCUGUACUUGAAAACUGUCUGAAGGCGUUUCCUCCUUAGGUUUUGGUUUUCUCCCCACGUCCCCAGGUGAAGCACUGAGAUUCUUCCAUUUAAAAACCCACAACCCGAAAUCCUCACCUGGUCAACUGCAGCGUGUGUCGGAGGCCCCAGACCUUCACGGUGUCUUUGAAGCCCGACCCCUUGGUCUCCUUUUGGGUUUCCUCCCUUUGUUUGGAGUUGUUUUGCUUUUCCGUGUUUUAUGUGUAUCUUGUUCACUGUCGUCGGGUUGAGCUUCACUUCGCUGCUGCAGCAGCAGAGCGGAGUGUACAUUCUGAUUUGCUACGUUUAUAUAUAUCUUGAAGCUAAAUGUAUAUAUGAGUAGUUUGCCAUGAGAUAACACAGUGUAAACAGAGUAGACACCCAGAAAUUGUGACUUCUGUGUUCUCUCCAUUUGAGUAUUUUGUAAUUUUUUUGAAAUAUUUGUGGACAUAAAUAAAAACAAGCUACACUACA